AUGUCUUCUACUCCAACACCUCCGACACCUAUCCCCGCCCCAACAAACACCAUCAAUCCUCUCCCCGCUACCCCUGCCGAAGCCGAAGCAGCCGCGGGAACAAGACCCGACACUUCAGGUACCGCUCUCGAUUUACACACGCAGACCAAAGACGCAGCACGCCAAUUCGCGAGUGCGCAGAGAGCGGAGAAGGCAUACCGGAAGAAGAAAAAGUGCAUGAAUGCGCGAAAGGAUUGGCAUGAGUGUAAAUUGCAUUUUGCAGCUGGAGUCCAAAGGUUUAGGGAGGGAGGAAAAUGUUUGGGGAAGGUAGUAAAGGCAGGACCGAGUUUGGUUAUGGAGAAAGUUGGUGGGGGAAAUGAGAGGGGGGUCAAGGUAAAGGGUGUGGAAAGUGUGAGUACUGGAGAUAGUCCGGUGGUGGAGAAGCAAAAGGAGAGGAGUAAUAUGAAGGGUGGUAAUGGAGGGCGUGUUAAGAAGAAUAUUGCGGGGAAGGUUGCAGGGUUGAAAGAAAAGUUGUUGGCGAUGAAGGAGAAAAGGAGAGUGGAGAAAAAUGUCAAAGCUGAUGAGAAGGUUGGAGGAGCUGCAAAUGGUACGGCAUCUGGAGUUGUAACUGAAACUACAGCAUCACCAGAAAUGACAACCGCUACUCCCGACGCAGCAGCGGCAACAACAAUAGCAACCAAACAGAUAAAUAAAAGCAUGACUCUGGAUCAGGUGAGAGAGCGAAUCCUUUCUUAUCGUUCACAUUUUGUCAAGGAGGAAGCAGAUGAAGACGAGGUGAUUUACGGACCUCGAAUUGCAGAGAAUCCAACAAGAAGAAUCCAAAGCGCUCGCACAUCAGGAAGCGGAACCCUCGGCUGCAAUAGGAGUAGUUAUGAAAGGAGAAGUUCCCGCUCAAACACCAAAUCAAAUCAACACACAAUCGCAAUCGCAAAUCCCGGUCCGAACACAACAGGUACACAGUUCGCAAAUAUUAACAUCAACCGCAACCGCAAUGGCCCACCCACAACAAGUACCACCGAAAACUCAAUGGAGUCCUCCGGGUUCCCCGAUCAAGAGUGCCAUGGAACCGAUUCACGAAGAUGGAGACGGGGAUGGGGACGGGGAAACGACGGAGGGAUUGGCUUUGGUGGGGACGGCGGAAAGGGUGUCGAUAUCGAUAGCGAGGGGUGCGAGGGAGGUUGGGGAGGAAGGGAGGGGAUGGGGAUGGGGAUUGAAGUAGGAGAUGUUGAUGUUGGGGAAUGUGGGGAGGAGCCGAGAGUGCCGGGUAUGGUGGGGGGGAGAUUGAGAUUGAGGGGUGGUGAUGCGGGUGUGGGUGUGGGUGUGGGUGUGGGUGUGGGUGCUUGCUUUCGCACUUUUGUUUGGGGUGGGAAUGUGGGAUUGCAGGAUAUGCAGAGCAAUGGAAAUAGAAAUGGAAAUAGAAAUGGCAAGGGAGCUGGAAAAUCUAUGAAAGAUCGAAUCAUGAGAAAAUUCAAACCAGAACCACAAUCGGGGAUAUGGGAGAAAAAGAAAGAAAGAGAAAGAGAAAAGGAAAAUCCAUUUUAUAAGCCGGGAAGAUGUUCACAUCUUGCUCUGAGGUUUGAUCUUGUCAUUUCUAAAAUGAGAGAUGGGGGGUAUGAUGUGAUGGCGUGGGUAGGGGGAUUGGUUGUGGGGUUUUUGGGGUGGGUUACGUAUGUGGGGGAGGGGUGGAAAGAGGGGGAAGAAGGGGAAGAAGGGGAAGAAGGGGAAGAAAGUUAG